UGACCACAGACCGACAAUUCGUUUUUGUCGCCACAAGUCCGCCAUCUUGUGCAGCACAAGCUUGUCCGUUUGCGACUUUCGACGUUUUUACUGAUAGUUUCUGAAAUUUUGGACGCGAUAAUGUAUUAAAACGCCCUACUGUGCGGCUGUUAACAACCUAUAUAUGCCUAUACACUGCUGCCAAGCUGUGCUACACAAGAUGGCGGCGUGGGCACUGAAGCACUGCGCGGCGGCGACACCGAGUUCUGUGUGUUUUUUUUAAUAUAUAUUUUAUUACAAGCUUAAUUACAAAACUCACCGAGUUCUGUGUGUUGUGUCCGGUUGUGAGCUUUCUACGUCGUUCUACUUCUGUGCUGUUGACAGGAAACCUGGGGGAGAAAAAGCAAGCCGACACCCGCACUGGGAAUGGUCUCUCCCACUAUUCUGCAAGCCUCCCCUGAAUGAGUCAUCCAGCCGGCUCCUCAUUGGACAGGACCAUGCCGUCCGCAGGGAUUGCCUUGCAGCAGCAGCAGCAACGGCGGCAGCAGCAACAGCAGCAGCAGCGUGGCCUUGCUUCCAUUCACAGAAACAUUGGUAUGCCAGCCCGCUAUUUCAUUCACACCCAGGACUAAAUAUUGCAUGGCUUCUAGCCCCCCCUUCCCUGUGCUCUUUGUCUUCUCGCUGUUCAAUUGGCAGCAGGGAGCAGCCCAUUGUUUUGUCUGAGGACAGAAGGCAGACAGACGUGCUGUUUUCUUUUUCUUUUUUUUUUUCCUCCUUUCUAUAUUUGCCAGGCAGGGGGAAAACAUGUUGGGAGGGAGACUGCAGUGCGAAAUCCGCAGCGGUGCGAGCGAGAGCGGAAGCUGCUUAUGAAUGAGCGUCAGUCGCUGUCGUUGCUGGACUUCAUGCCGCUGAGGACAUUUUUUACAUGAAUGGUGUGUGCGGCUGCACGCUUUCUUCCUGCUACCACGGCGACCGAGAUGCUUCAUCAUCAUCAACACCAUCACCGCCGGCGCCGCUGUUAAGGAGACUGGUGGGCUUCCUUCAUCGUUCUUUUGUGUUUCUUAUUUUCUUCACUGACUCGACCGACUGAGAAAGAUGCCGCUUUAUUUGGCUUGUAUCGCCUCCAUCGGUGGACCCGCACAGCCUGCUGCGUAGCGGCUCCAGCGUCUUGUUCUGAUGAUGCUGGUCUUUUUAAAAAGCAACAAAUGUGUUCAAACAUGGGAACACGUCUACACACGUAAUCCACAAAUUAAUGCGCAAGUUAGGCUAAAGUUUAUUAUCUUGUUUCAUUGCUUCCUCUAAGGUUGAUUUUAAUUCAGAUUGAAUUCAGUUUUUGUUCAAUUUUUAUUUAUUCAUUUAAAAAAAUGAAAUUGAACAAAUAUAUGAGUAUUUUAGCAUCAUUUGACUCACCCGACCUCGCACUGCUUCUCAUCAAGAAUUAUACAGCAUCCGUUUUUACAAACUGAUUGCUACCAGUGUGAUCUGCAAGCCCCCCCCCCCCCUCAACAGGAAGUGAUUUGCAGCGUUCAGCAAGCCUUUUGUUGAGAAGGUUUUCUCACAUCAGUGAGUCAUGCUCCUGCUCUGAGCCUGGCAGCAGGCAGACGGACACAGGGACAGGCGGAGCGUUGCUCCUCGUUGGAACCUUCCUUGUUUUUGGAGGCUAGAAAUCAUCGUCAUCAUCAUCAUCAUUGUAAGCAGCAGCAGCAGCAUCAGCAUCGCCGCUGGAAACCACAACAACACCAGCAGCCUCUUAGCUCCAUCCUCUUCCUCGUUUCCAUGGAUUUCCUCUAUAUUUGUCUCGGCGGCCAACGGCAUUGAAGCUCUGGAUUUUAUCAAUCGGAAUCUGAACCUCCAACCGAGAGACGUCUCUGGCCUGCGAUUGCUACAAGGCGUUUGCCGCCACCACCACCACCACGGCGACCACAAGCCCCAUGGCCGCUGCUGCCAUGUUGCAGGAGAAGGUAAUCGUCUGGGCGCAGCCACGUCUGCCAGCACAUCGGUGAAAGAGGCGUGUGCGGUGCGUGUCGAGAAGAGCAGAGGGAGAGAGGGUAUGCUUCACCGUACCAAAUACAACCGCUUCAGGAACGAAUCGGUGACGUCCGUCGAUGAUCUCGUCCACGGCCUGUCCAUGAACCCCAAGGUCUCGGGUGCACCCCAGCCUGCCGCCGAGACAUCCUACACGCCCCCGACCGACGUCCCGCCGUCGUCCGCCCCCAGUGCACCCGCCAGCCACAGCUCCGACCACCCGGACGAUGGAGGCACCCCACUGUGCACCCUCAUCAACAAGGUGACCAGCUUGAAGUUCAGCAACUCGGGGAGCCUGCUGGGCAUCAAGGGCCUGCCCUCGGCUGUAAAGGACCUGGCGGUGGCCAAGCUUCAAGGGGGCGGGGGUUUGGGCUCGGGUUGCUCCAGCAGUUUGCCGACUGCGGCGGGCUCCGGCUCUCUGUGCGGCUCGCAGCUGGAGCCUUCUGCCAGCAUGAGCAAAAAGAGCAGGCUGGACGAGUUGCAACCCAGCGGGGAGGACUGGAUGUCCGCAGGAGGUGGAGGACCGGUGAGCAAAGCCUUCAGAGGGUGGCUGCACUCCAGCGAGAAGGUCUCUGGGCCGGGAGUGACAUACAUAGUCAAGUAUCUGGGUUGCAUUGAAGUGCUGCGAUCAAUGAGAUCUUUAGAUUUCACCACACGAUCACAAGUAACAAGGGAGGCCAUCAGCUUGGUCUGUGAGGCCGUUCCAGGGACCAAAGGAGCUCUGCGAAAGCGAAAGCCGCCCUCCAAGGCUCUAUCCAGCAUCCUGGGGAAGAGCAAUCUGCAGUUUGCCGGCAUGUCCAUCAACCUGAACAUCUCCACCAGUAGCCUCAACCUGAUGAGCCCCGACUGCAAACAGAUCAUAGCCAAUCAUCAUAUGCAGUCCAUCUCCUUUGCAUCGGGUGGAGACCCUGACACAACGGACUAUGUCGCUUAUGUGGCAAAGGACCCUGUAAACCGAAGAGCAUGCCACAUCUUGGAGUGCUCAGACGGGCUGGCCCAGGAUGUCAUCAGCACCAUCGGCCAGGCUUUCGACCUGCGCUUCCAGCAGUACCUGCAGUGCCCGUCGAGCAAGCCGUCCUCCACGCACGACAGGGUGUUCAACGUGGAGGACUUGCCAUGGACGGAGGAGGAGGAGGAGUCCGCAGAGCAUCCUUACUACAACAACAUUCCCGGGAAGAUGCCGCCCCCUGGAGGUUUCAUCGACGCCCGGCUGACCAAUCAGAGCACAGCGUCAGAUGGAAGCCAGGUACAGACGGGCGCAGGCUCUGUGGAUCAGAACUAUUACCAAGGCCGGCACUGUGGAGACAGCUGGACAGAGGAGAGGAAGUCUGCCUUUGGGCAACAAGGAUCCUUGGACAUCAACAGCGAGAGCAAAGGUCCUGCACCAAAGCCAGGAGAGAUGCCCACAUAUAUGAACACCCAGCAGAUUGACGCACAGGUGCUGGCGGCGCUCCAGGCCGAGUCGGAACAAGUCACCAAGGGCAUGGCGGCCGCCGCCAGGGAGAGCCCGCACAUGGACCUGUUUGACAUGAAACCCUUUGAGGACGCCAUCCAGUCCCAAGCCCCGUCGCAGGUGUCCGCUCUGCACAAGGCGGCGUCCGUGGACAACUCCAGCCCCCUCCUGGCUCGCUCCAUAGCCUUCCGAGCACAGGAAGAGCUGGAGGGCCAGCCGUGGUACCGCGGAAAAAUGAGCCGCCAUGACGCCGAAAAACUGCUGCGAGACGACGGAGACUUCCUGGUGCGCAAGAGCACCACCAACCCGGGCUCAUACGUGCUGACCGGCAUGCACAAGGGACUUGCCAAACACCUCCUCCUGGUGGACCCCGAGGGCACGGUGCGGACAAAAGAUCACGUGUUUGACAGCAUCGGCCACCUUAUUGGCCAUCACCGUGACAACAAGCUGCCAAUCGUAUCGGCUGGGAGUGAACUGUGUCUCUUGCAGCCUGUCGUAUGGAAACAGUGACGCCCGCAAAGCCUGAUGGGGAAUCGUCCCUCCCACCGUCUCUCAAACUCGAAGAAGAAGCGUGAGGGAAGCUGCUAAAAAAAAAAGCGGUUACUAUUCCGCGGGAAAAUAAAUAUUUAUGAUAGAAGUGUUAUUUUGUUGUGACCACUGAAAUGCUAUAUUUUUGAGAAGACAUAGGACACGCCAUAUCUUGAUUUGGUGUUUGAAAAGAUGACGUUCUUCUAGUUUAGACGAACCUCGGAGAGCUGUGUGAAGCAGAGUAUUUUAGAUGACAAAUUAGACCUUUUCCUCUGUCAAGCACAACCGCAUUUCUACUGAAAACAUGGAAGCCGCCCCCCACCCCCCCCAAAACACAUGUCCUUCAUGGUGCUGUGGGCGGCGUCAAAGGAGUAUUAGGGCCACACUGCAAAGACUAAACGGUACAAUUAUGAGAAUAAAGUUGGCCUAUUAAGAAGUCACAUUAUUAUUAUGAUUAUUAUUAUUAGUCGCUCUUUUCCUAUGAUGUUCCACCUUUUUACUACAAUUAAUAUGAUGGUUUUUGGCCUUGUUUUCAUCUUUACUGCCAAACUACUUCAAAAACAGUAUAGUCACCACUUUAUUCUGAUUGGAUUACAAACAUGUUGCUUCUCAUAAUCAUCAUCACUACUAAACUGCUGCCUAUUCUAUUUAACUGAGGAGAUAUUGUCUACUACUACUACUACUACUACUACAAGUUAACUCUGGUAGUAAGAUAAGUAAGUUUUUAUUCAAAUACUUUUUAUUGUAUUACUACUUUAAUUACAACGUUAUUUGUAAAGAAAACAAAAAUGAUGCAUCAUCACAUUUAUUCUUUUCUUUUUUCCUGAUUAAAUAAUUAUUAUUUUUUUAUUUUUGCAAUAUAUGACUUUUUUUUUCUUGUAUGCAUUUAAGUUAACGCUGGUAGUAUUAAAAGUGUUUAUUCAAAUACUUUUUAUUGUAUUACUACUUUAAUUACAACUUUAUUCUAAAGAAAACAAAAAUGAUGCAUCAUCACAUUUAUUCAUUUUUUUUCCUGAUAAUUUUUUUUUUUUAAUUUUUUUUAAUUUUUGCAAAAUAUGACUUUUUUUCUUGUAUGCAUUUGUCUUCCUGCAACAUUUUAUUCUGCAGUUUAUUCUUGGCAUUUAUUCUGACUAGUGUUAUUAUUAUUAUUAUUAUUAUUAUUAUUGAUUCCUUCAGUAUGGCCCCAAUACUCCCUUGUAGGCUGCUUCAAUGGGUUGCAUGAUUUGUCUCCAAGUCAAACUGUCGUUAAGUCUUUAUUUGGAGGGGCGCUUGUUUGUGCUGACACUUACUACUUAAAUAUUGACCCUUUUAACACAAUCCCGUGCGGGUUGUUGCCUCCAGGUGUUUGACGGGUGUUUGGUCCAGCACAUGUUUUUGUAAGGUGAUAGGAUCUGAGUGACCACAACAGCACAAUCACCAAAGCGGAGCAAGAUUUCCCUUCUAUAGGUGUCAGCACAGAGAUGUUCCUCAUCCCUCGCUGGUAGCAAAGGAGAUGCUCUCUUGGCUUCAUGCGGCUUACCUGAAUUAGACGGGUCCCAUUUCUCUUCAAUGUGCUCAUCCGUCAGAACCAAACAGAAAGGAAGGGGGGGCUUGACUUUCAGUUGCAGUUGAACCAAAAUCAGCAUGCGUUCGAUGGGUUUAACCAGACCGAUGCAAUGUAAUAUAAAUAUGAAAUAUAAACCGUGCCUGUAUUUUGCUGCAAGGGGGGGUGUACAGUCCAUGUUUGACAGCAAGUGUCAUUCUACAAGUGUCACAUUAGUGUCCCACAUACAUUCCACUGGGAACCAUGCGGUCCAUGGGGAUUUUAGCAUUCCACUCUGGACAUUUUCUGAUAUUAUUCAUGAGGAUGAAUUGGCAGAGUAGAAAUCAAAUUGUCAGAAAAUGUGGUCCUUUUUUGUUUUCAACGUAUUCACAUGAAUUCUUAGAAAAAUCACAUUUAGCUAUUUUGCAAUGCUAUACCAGAAUAUUUGCUUUAACUAAGACAAGGAACAUCCUUUUUGGAAAUAGUUGGAACAAAGACGUGAGGAAGUCCCCGCUCCUCUCCGCCAAGGCGGCUUUCCUGGGUUUUGUUGAUGAAAAUGUGCCUUUCCUUUGUAAAAAAAAAAAAAAAAAAAACUAUGGAUGUUUUUCAUUCUUCCAAGUGCAAUAGGUGAUGUUCAUGAUGGUGAUGAUGAGCAUGCCUGUUCUCCACUUGUGGAGAUCCUUGUGUUUCUUGGCCCUGCUGCGUGUUGCUGCUCGAUUACCACCCCACCCCCCUCCCCCUCCUCCUCCUUCUUCUUCUUCUUCUUAAUGUAUACAUGUAGUGUCAACGUCAUCUCUCUUUCCACACAUAUACAACAUUAUCACAUAGAAUCAGUCAAGAAGUUACUAUUUUAGGAACAAGGCGCAGCCAGAGAGGGUAGUUGGGGUUUAACAUUCUUCUGUAUGACUGUUGGCAAUAAAAACGUCAGUGUGUAGAAAUUCCUUGUUUAUUGUUGUAGUUUGAUUCCCGCUCUACAUCAUUCUCAGGCUGUUUCUAACAUGCCUUUUAUUUUUGGCAGACUGCAACUAAGAGGUGAAGUUUAUUUUGAAGAGGGAAAAGGAAGUACGUCACCGGGACGAAUGGCGACCUCUACUGAUCACAUGAGGUAACAACUUGCACAUGCAACUGUUAAAAAGCAGCCAUGCUAUUAUUACACUCACUCGGCUACACAAGUUUACACGGAUGACCACCAGGUGGCGCCAGAACACCGCAGACGUCACCAACCUUAGAAUGUGGAACCUCCCAUUGGGGUAUGGUGGGACAAGCUGGUUCGGGAGUGGUCGCGUUGUCGUUUAUCAUACAGAAUUAGUGCAUAAGGAGUAAUAAUAAAUAAUGUGAUUGUCUCAAACAAUCUAAUAAACAUUUCAGGCUGGAUUCGCACUGCAGGACCACCCUAAUCUGCCUUGGGGGGUGAACAAAUGGUGGCUGUUGUGUUUCCGUUUAACGUUUAAUCUUGGUGUCCUUUAACUUGCACCUCGGGAUAAAUAGAGUUGGAAUUGAAUUGUAGUCCAUGGGAUGGGUGUCCAAUCCUGACCACAUGGGUCGUAUAUAGAUCCCCAACCCAGGUCGGGCAAGCACACCAGACCCCAACCUGUCCUCAAGAAGGGGGCCAUCCUAUCCCGUCGUAAAAGUCUUGGUCUGAAGUCAGGCCAUCCGGGCCUCGCUCUGGGCAAACCCCUCAGCAUCAGUGCCACUGGGUCCUGCAACCACAGACACCUUCCCUGCCAGUCCAGAGUCCGCCUCCUUCUCCGACCCCGCCUGUCUGCAGCUCUGCUGGUUUUGGUUGUUCUGACUGCUAAAGGACUUGCUUCUGCUGCGACUGGGCUCCAGACACUGCCUGUUCCCGCUCCCCGGCGCCGACACCUCGCCCCGGUAGCAAAGGCAACACACCAACCCCAGGAAGGCCCUCCUCAUCUCCCGACUGGCAAGCGUGUAUAUGACAGGAUUCAUGGCCGAGUUGAGAACCGCCACCGCGAUGAACCAGUCGGCCUUGUAGAGGAUGGGGCACCGCCGGCGCUGCUCGCACGCCACAUCCACCAGUAGCAGCACAAAGAUGGGCGUCCAGCAGGCUAUGAAGACGCCCACCACGAUGAUGACGGUUCGCAGCAGGGACAUUGCGUGCUCCGAGUUGCUGUGCUUGCUAACCUUGCGGCUGCUGGACUUGACCAGGACGUAGAUGCGUGUGUAGAGGACCGACAUGGCCAGGAGCAGGACCAUGAAGAUGGUGAUGCAGAAGGCCACAUACGUCUUGGAGUACAAGGGGAGGACGGUGGAGCAGUCGGGGAGGUUGUCCAGGCAGUUCCAUCCCAGGAUGGGCAACACUCCGAAAGAGACUGCGAUCAACCAGCAGGUGCCGAUGAGCAGGAAGACCCUGUAGUUCUUGCUGGCAUCGUAGGGCCUCAUCUUGAUCAUGGUCAGGUGCCGCUCAAUGGCGAUGGCCAGGAGGCUGAAGAUGGAGGCACCCAACGCUACAAACAUGCUGCCCUCUCGAACAAACCACAAAAUGGGCGACAAGUGGAGGGUCCUCUCGCCAGACAGCAGCAGGUUCACCAGGUAGGCCGCCCCUGCCAACAUAUCGCACAGCGCCAGGUUCCCGAUGAAGAAGUACAUGCGGUUAUGGAAGCGGUGGUUUCUCCAAAUGGCCACCAAUACCGUGAGGUUCUCCAGGACGAUGAAGGCACACGCCACCAGGAAGAGGAGUGUUUUUAUUUCCAGCCUUCCUGUGCUGGUGCCCACGGUGGGGCGGUGAUCCAGCUUGCCCGUGUAGUUAUAGUGCAGGUGUAUCUGAGGAUCUAUCAUUUUGGACUAGGUCAAAGGAGCCAGCAGGGGGGUCCGCGGGCUGGUCCUCUGUGGGGAGGGCAUGCUCGUGAGGUCAUUUCGUUCUUUGCCAAAUGCAUGCAGCCGACUUUGAUGAUAAAUGGUGGACUUACCAGGAUGUGCUUUGGGGGUCCAAUCGACGUUUCAAACUAAAAUCCCAGUCAGUCAUGUCACUGGUUUAGUUUUAGCUGCAUUCCUCCCAGUGAACGUCCUCCGAGACCGCUUCCCCGAUUCCCUCCUGUUCUGCACAGCACAGACCAUCAUCAUCUUUUUCUUUUUUCCACCCUUCUCCAAACUCCUCCAAAGAGUUGACGUCGCUGGGCUGGAAGUCACACCCCUUCUUCCUCCUCCUCCUCCUCCUCCUCCUCCGCCUCCUUCCUCUCCCCUUUCAAGCCAGCCUCUUUGCGGCAUUGAUCCCGCAUGCAAAUCUCUUCAUACGACAUAUUGUUUUCAUGCACAGCAUAUGUGAGUAUGCCGGGAUACUUUUACCGCAAAGGGAAUUCCAAAGCAGCUGAAAAAUGAAUUAUAGUCAUCAUAAAUUAGCCCCCGCCCACCCGUUCGUUCAUCUAUUCAUCAACCAUGCAGUCACUGUAUUAAUGGUUGAUAGCAUUCUAGCAUAAUGUUUAUCUAUCAUCCCUCAUUCAUUAUUCAACCAUCCUUCCAUACGUUCAUCCAUGCUCUCAUUCAUCUGCUGUAUGUCUUCAUUAUUCAUUAUUACCUGUCAUCCACCCAUCUGUCCACCCUACCAUGCCAUGUUAUCAU